AUUCAGCACGGCUCACGAUCCGCGACUUUGUCCUUUCCUAUCUCUCUUUUUAUUUUUAUUUUCGCACGACGAAAAGUCGCAUUGCGAACCUUCUCCGAAACCGCCCUCUGCGAGCAAAUUCUUCGUCGUCGUCGUCGUUUCGUGGAGAUAUGCGAUUUCGAUUCCAUCGCAAUAGAGACCUUGGUCGCCGAGCAUAAAGCUAGGGAGAGGGAGAGAGAGAGAGAGUUAGGGUUUUGGAGAGAUUGAUUGUCUGAACAUGUUGAUGGCCGACGAUGGCGUGUGGACACGCGGCGAUAUCUCGGGCGGUGAUGGGUUCUGGAACGAGGACUUGUCGAUCGACGUCGAGACGUUGCUUCACAUUCUCGGCGAGGAGGAUCCCCAGCCUUUGCAGUACCAAAUUGCAGAGCAGUCGAGAGGACUCAUCUCAGAAAAAUGUGUUGCACAGUGAAUCAGCUCCUGAUGCUGGCAUUCUUGAGAAUCCACAGUGUCAAACGGGAUCUCAAGUAUCAAAAGGAUCACCUCCAUUACAGGCUGAGUUAACAGGUCCUAGCACAUUUUUCUCUUUAUACAACUCAGAAGGUUCAGAUUCUGUGACAUGGGGCUCAAGUGCUUCAUUUGAUUCUGCAGGGAACUCUGUCAUGGUCUUUGACUGUGGAAACAUAGAACCCUUGACGCAAACUGCCUCUCCUGUGCGUGCUUGCUCUGCUAGUUUCAAAGAUUGGUUUUCAGUAGUACCGGGCCAUGAGUCCUCCUUCACAGGGAGGGCUGGAGUUCCACCAGCUGAGAUACCAACGUGUAGUUCAGGUUUUGCUGAUAUAGAUGCUCACAAUGUUUUGUAUAAUGGAGAUAGCUUGUAUCCCGAUUUUCCUAAGGGUGAAACUGAAGUUCAGUUCCGGCAUGUAGGGGAGGAUGUUGACUCCAAAUAUGCUUCACACAGUCCUUUUGUCGAGGACAUUGCUGUAAAUUUUGCAAAUUAUGGUAUGGAUACCUUUGGACCACAGGAAACUAAUCCAUGUACAGACAUGACAAUAUCCUUCAUGGAUGCGGAUAUAUCUUCGCAAAAUAUAACUUCUACUGAGUCAACAAUCUGUCAAAGUUCUGAUGUUGUAAGUGACUUCACUGACCAGUACCCUUCUUUGCAAUAUUGCAUGAGUACAGAUGAUUUCUCACAGCAUUGUAUGCCCAGUAGUUAUAGUUCUCAAAUUUCGCUGGGUAAUCAAAGAAAGAUGACUAACACGAAGGAUGAAAUAGGGGAAUUUUCCAAUGAUAGUGCAUGCUCAAGUAGUAAGAUGAUUAUGAAUGCUCAGAGGGGAACAACUGGUAGAUCUGUCUCGGAGGUGUCAAUGACUGAUUACGCAGAUGUUAAUGGUUGGAGUUUUAAAUAUGAUGGUAAUAACUAUAUGUCAUCAAUCAGUGGAAAUUCUUCGUCUGAUGCUGAAGAUUGCCCUAUUGAUGACAAGGCAUCAGCAAAGCUGUUGACUUGCACUCAGUCAUACAUGGCAAGCAAAGUACAAGCAGCUUGUGUCAAGAAUGAAGAUACUGAUGAAUUGAUUGGACCUAGUAGCCAUUCUAUUAAAGGAAUUGAUAAAGCUGUCAGUAGAAAGCCUUUUUACAGUGCUGAUGACAAAAUUUUUGUUGACGAAGACUUGAAACUGUCUGGUGCUUCACAUUCUACAUCAACUCAGAAGUAUGAUCACGUAAAAAGUGAGAAGGAUGACUUGAUUAUUGCUUCUAUGAGAGCGCAUCAUUCUCAAGAUAUAGUUGAUGAAAUGGCUAGUAGAUCCCACAUUGAUGGUAGAUAUUUGAAUUUAAGUGCAUCGGAACAAUAUUUGCCCUGUGAGCCAUCUGCUCUGGGCAAGAUGCAGUUGAAUUGCGUUAAGGAUGAAAGUGAGGGUAGACUUGUUCAAUCUACGACCACGGGUUUUCAUUUUUCAGAAGUCAGCCCUGAGUUGAGUUGCAAAAAUUUCUUGGACAAAUCCCGUGUUGAGGAUGAUUCUGAUAUCUGCAUUAUCGAAGAUAUGAGUCAUCCUCCACCCACAAAUCGUUCUCCAUCAACUGGGAAUUCCCUUGUUACUUCACAACAUUCUACAUUUAGUGAUUCCAGUCAUUACAUGGGAGUAGGAGGCACAAGAUUUAAGGCAAGAAAUGAUAGGUUGAUUUUACAAGUCGCAUUGCAGGAUCUUUCGCAGCCAAAGUCAGAAGCUAUUCCACCAGAAGGAGAAUUGGCAGUUCCUUUGUUAAGACAUCAGAGAAUUGCUUUGUCAUGGAUGGUUCACAAGGAAACAAGUGGCUUGAACUGCUCGGGAGGAAUUCUUGCAGAUGAUCAGGGAUUGGGAAAAACAGUAUCAACCAUUGCACUUAUACUGAAGGAAAGGGCUCCAUCUUUUAGAGCCUGUCAAAAUGUAAAACAAGGAGAGUUGGAAACUCUAAAUUUGGAGGAGGAUGAGGUUGUUCUUCCUGCAGUUGAUGGAAUGAAGCAAGAUGCUGAUUUGCAACAAGUAACGUCAAAUAGAACUCGGAUGAAGAACAUGAACCCUUUGGUCCAAGCUAAGGGAAGGCCAUCUGCUGGAACCCUUAUUGUUUGUCCCACUAGCGUUCUACGGCAAUGGGCUGAGGAGUUAAGUAGUAAGGUAACCAGCAAAGCUGAUCUUUCUGUGCUGACAUACCAUGGAAGCAACCGGACAAAGGAUCAUUGCGAGCUGGCCAAGUAUGAUAUUGUCCUGACUACAUAUUCAAUUGUCAGCAUGGAGGUCCCAAAGCAGUCUCUUGUUGAUGAAGAUGACGAUGAGAAAGGAAAGCCAGAAGAUGAUGCUGGCUUUUCAUCCAGCAGGAAAAGGAAAUAUCCUCCUAGUUCUGGUAAAAAAUAUUCAAAAAAUAAAAAAGGUUUGGAUAGUGCACUGCUUGAGUCUACUGCUCGUCCUCUUGCAAAGGUGGGAUGGUUUAGGGUUGUCCUGGAUGAGGCCCAGAGCAUCAAGAAUCACAGAACUCAAGUAGCUAGGGCCUGUUGGGGUCUUCGUGCUAAACGUAGAUGGUGCUUGUCUGGGACUCCAAUCCAGAAUGCAAUUGAUGAUCUUUAUAGUUACUUCAGAUUUCUCAGAUAUGAUCCUUUUUCAUUAUAUACGUCUUUCUGUUCUGCAAUAAAGCAUCCAAUCAAUAGGAAUCCAACAAAAGGGUACAGAAAGCUACAAGCUAUCUUGAAGACAAUAAUGUUGCGCCGUACCAAAGGCACACUUCUUGAUGGGGAACCUAUAAUUAGUCUUCCGCCCAAAUUCAUAGAGCUGAAAAAAGUGGACUUUUCAGAUGAGGAACGCAAUUUCUACUCCAGAUUGGAGGCUGAUUCACGUGCCCAGUUUCAAGAAUACGCAAAUGCUGGAACUGUCAAACAAAAUUAUGUUAACAUCUUGUUGAUGCUCUUGCGCCUUCGACAAGCUUGCGAUCACCCCCUUCUCGUUAGGCCUUAUGAUUCUAGUUCUUUAUGGAGAUCCUCAGUUGAGAUGGCAAAGAAGCUUCCACGGGACAAACAAAUAUAUCUUCUGAAUUGUUUAGAAGCAUCUUUAGCAAUUUGUGGCAUCUGUAAUGAUCCUCCUGAAGAUGCUGUUGUUUCGAUUUGUGGUCAUGUUUUCUGCAACCAAUGUAUUAGUGAGCAUCUUAUUGGUGAUGACAAGCAGUGCCCUGUUACAAAUUGCAAAGAAAGACUCAGUACGUCUUCAGUGUUUUCCAAAGCCACACUAAAUGGUUCUCUCUCUGACGAGCCUUGUCAGGGUAGUUCCCCCAACUGCCCUACUUCUGAAGUUGUUGAUGCAGCCGAGCAUUUUUCUGAGUGUACUUCUACCAAAAUUAAGGCUGCUCUUGAGGUCCUGCAGUCAUUAUGUAAACCUCGGGGUUGUACAUCGAGAAAUAGUUAUGCACAGAACACACUUGACGAAAGAUCCAUCUGUCUCAGCAACUCUGUUGGGGAAUUACUUGAGGAUAAUCCUGAUAGACAAAAUGUGGCCGUGGAGAGGAGUUCUAAUAAUUCAGUUGAGUCAGCAGGAGAGAAAGCCAUAGUGUUUUCCCAGUGGACGAGGAUGUUGGAUUUGCUUGAAGCUUGUCUAAAAAAUUCUUCUAUUCAGUACAGAAGACUUGAUGGAACAAUGUCAGUUUUUGCCAGAGAUAAAGCUGUGAAGGAUUUUAACACCCGCCCAGAGGUGUCGGUUAUGAUUAUGUCUCUGAAAGCUGCUAGUCUUGGUCUCAACAUGGUUGCUGCUUGUCAUGUUCUUCUGCUGGACCUUUGGUGGAACCCUACUACUGAGGAUCAAGCAAUUGAUAGAGCACACCGAAUUGGGCAAACUCGUCCUGUUAAAGUUUUGCGAUUGACAGUCAGAGACACGGUUGAAGAUCGUAUUUUAGCCCUUCAGGAAAAGAAGAGAGAGAUGGUUGCAUCUGCAUUUGGAGAGGAUGGAACCGGUGGUCGGCAGACGCGCCUCACAGUGGAGGACCUGAAAUACCUGUUUAUGAUGUGAUUAGGGAGUUCUUUUUAGGCUUGACAGAUGUUAUUUGCUAACGCAGGUUAUCAAUAGGUUUGUUUUUGAUGGCGAGAACGACAGCAGCAGCAGCAGCUCAAUUAUUUGGAGAUUGUCUGACAAUAGUUCUAAAGGAGUAACAGGGGACUGUGUUGAUGGGAGAAUUUUCUGUGAAUAGUCUACAUACGGAAACACAUGAUCCAUUCUUUUCCGUUAAAUUUUUUGUUCGUUAGGGAAUGAUCUUUUCUGUCUUUCUCAUCAUUCUCUCCUACAGUUAAUAGGAUGUGGAGAUCAUUAGUCUACAGCAAGUAAAGAUACAUGUUACUUCCCAAGUGUAAAUGAUAGGGGAUUAUUAUUAUUUUUUAUUAUUUUUUUUCUCGUCUUUUGUUUAUUUUGUUUUCUGAUUCAGUGUUUACAAAGUCUUAGGUUCUUUAGUAAAAAUUGAUUCUAUACAUAUACGGUAUUGAUGCGUUGGUAUUUGUCCUAA